AUGCCAUCAACAACAACGACAGAUAAUACAUUAGCUGACGCAAAUCGUCAAAAAUUAUUAUUAUCUUCACGUGCUUGGGAUACAUUAGCUACUGAUCGUAAUAAUCUACGUAGAAAUAAUACAAAUUUAACGAAGACUGGCAGUUUAGAACGAGGAAUUAAUACACGUCUAGGUGGUCUUACAGAUCGUAGUCGACGUGGAGGUCAAGGAAAUCCUGAUUCAGAAGAAUCGAGUGAAGGAGAUGAUGAUGAUGAAGAAGAAGAUCAAUUAAUUGAACGAACACGUCAAGAUCAAACUGAUUUACCAUCAGAAUAUUGGCAAAUACAACGAUUAGUUAAAUAUCUUAAAGGUGGAAAUCCAACUGCAACUGUCAUUGCAUUAUCAUCCAUUCGUGAUUUUAAUUUAUCAAUAGAAAUAUGUCAAUUAGCUAUUCGUGAUGUUGGAGGUUUAGAAGUUCUAGUUAAUUUACUUGAAACAGAUGAUAUUGAUUGUAAAAUUGGUUCAUUAUAUAUUCUUAAAGAAGUGUCAAAUAAUCCAUCUAUACGUCGAAAUAUAGCUGAUCUUGGUGGAUUACAAACAAUGGUUAAAUUACUUGAUGAACCAGAAAAAGAUUUAAAAUGUCUUGCUGCUGAAACUAUUGCUCAUGUUGCUAAAUUUAAACGAGCGCGUCGAGUUGUUCGACAAAAUGGAGGUAUUAAACGAUUAGUCUCUCUUUUGGAAAAUGCUUCUGUUAGUGGUCAUGGAUCCAAUACUCAUGCUUCACCUAAUGAUCAUGCAAAAAAUAUUGAAGUUGCUCGUGCAGGUGCCUUAGCUCUUUGGAGUUUAAGUCGAUCGAAUCUUAAUAAACAUGCUAUGCAACGUGCUGGUGUUAUUCCACUUUUGGCUAAAUUACUAAAAAGUUCUAAUGACAAUAUGUUGAUUCCUGUGGGUGGCAUUAUAGAAGAGUGCGCUACUGAUCCUGUUUAUCGAACAGCAAUUCGAGGUAUGAUUCCUGAUCUUGUCAAAAGUCUAUCGGGUACCAAUGCUGAAUUACAAAAACAUUGUGCUAGUGCUAUUUUUAAGUGUGCAGUCGAUAAAGAAAUACGUGACCUUGUGAGAAAACAUUCGGGUCUUCGUCCUUUACAUGAUCUUUUACAACAAACUGAAAAUAAAGCAUUAUUGGCUGCAGCGACAGGUGCUAUUUGGAAAUGUGCAAUUUCUCGUGAAAAUAUUGCACAAUUUCAAGAAUUUCGAACAAUCGAUGCACUUGUACAAUUACUUAAUAAUCAACCAGAAGAAGUCUUAGUUAAUGUUGUUGGUGCAUUAGCUGAAUGUGCAAAAGAAGCAGAGAAUCGAACAACAAUUCGUAAAGCUGGUGGAAUAUCACCAUUAGUUAAUUUACUAACAGGAACAAAUCAAGCUUUAUUAGUGAAUACUUGUCAUGCAUUACGUCAAUGUGCUGAAGAACCUGAAAGCGUCACAAUGAUUGAUCGUUUGGAUGGUGUUCGAUUAUUAUGGUCACUUUUAAAAAAUCAAAAUCCACAAGUACAAGCUGCAGCUGCUUGGGCUAUAUCACCAUGUGUGAAAAAUCUAAAAGAUUCAGGUGAAAUGGUACGAAGUUUUGUUGGUGGUCUUGAAUUGAUUGUAUCAUUAUUAAAAUCAAAUGAUGUUGAAGUAUUAGCAAGUGUUUGUGCUGCUAUAGCUGAAAUAGCAAAAGAUGAAGAAAAUUUAGCUGUUAUAACAGAUCAUGGCGUUGUUAAACUUCUUUCAAAUUUAGCUACAAGAAAUGAAGAUAUACUUCGUCGUUAUCUAGCUGAAGCUAUAGCUGAAUGUUGUAAAUGGGGAAAUAAUCGACAAGCAUUUGGUGAAAAUCAAGCUGUAGCACCACUUGUUAAACAUCUUAAAUCAUCUGAUCCCAAUGUACAUCGAUCAACAGCUAAAGCAUUACAUCAAUUAUCAAAAAAUCCCAUGAAUUGUGUUACAAUGCAUGAAGCUGGUGUUGUUCGAUUAUUAAUGGAAAUGGUUGGUUCAAAAGAUGAUGUACUUCAAGAGAAUGCUGCUAUAUGUAUAUCAUAUAUUCGACGAUUAGCAUUAGCUAAUGAAAAAUCAAGAAAUGGUUGA